GAUCAAAAAUGGGUUUCAUGUCUGGGAUGUUUCUUGGGGCUUUAUUUGGAAUCGGGAUUAUGGUGGGUUGGCGUCAUAUGAUGAGACAAAGAAGCAAAAAUCGUACUGCAAAAGCAAGUGAUAUAAAGCUCCUGGGGUCUCUUGAUAGAGAAGAUUUAAAGAAACUUUGUGGUGAUAAUUUUCCUGAAUGGAUAUCGUUUCCUGUUUAUGAGCAGGUGAAAUGGUUGAACAAACAACUAAGCAAACUAUGGCCAUAUGUUGCCGAAGCUGCUACGAUAAUAAUUAGAGAAUCUGUUGAACCUAUAUUGGAAGAGUAUCGUCCAUCAGGAAUUUCAUCUUUGAAGUUCAGCAAACUUUCUCUUGGAAGUGUGGCACCAAAAAUUGAAGGAAUCCGUAUUCAAAGCCCUAAGAAAGGUCAAAUAUCAAUGGAUAUGGAUUUUCGAUGGGGUGGUGAUCCAAAUAUUGUUUUAGGAGUCGAAGCUGCAGGUGUUGCUUCAUUACCUAUUCAGUUGAAGGAUCUUCAAGUUUUUACAAUUAUUCGUGUUAUUUUCCAACUUUCUGAGGAAAUUCCUUGCAUCUCUGCUGUUGUUGUGGCUUUACUUUCUGAGCCAAAGCCAAGAUUCGAUUAUACAUUGAAGGCUGUUGGUGGAAGUUUAACAGCCAUUCCUGGACUUUCAGACAUGAUUGAAGAUACAGUAACUUCAAUUAUUACAGAUAUGCUUCAAUGGCCACAUAGAAUUGUUGUUCCCCUUGGUGGUAUACCUGUAGAUACAAGUGAUUUGGAGCUUAAACCACAAGGAAAGCUGAUGUUAACAGUUGUGAAGGCACAUAAUUUAAAAAAUAUGGAAAUGAUGGGAAAAUCUGAUCCGUAUGCAGUUGCAUUUAUUCGGCCACUUGAAAAAUUCAAAACCAAAGUCAUUGAGAACAACUUGAAUCCUGUUUGGAAUCAAACAUUUCAUCUCACUGUGGAAGAUAGAGAGACCCAAUUUGCUAUUGUUGAGGUUUUUGAUGAAGAUAUUGGAGCUGACCAACGGUUGGGCAUAGCAAAAUUACAGUUGAUUGAUCUUCAACCUGAAAUUGAGAAGGAACUUGAAUUAAGACUACAACCUUCCCUUGAUAUGAUGAAGAUCAAAGAUAAGAAGGAUAGAGGAACUAUUACAAUCAAGGCAAGGUAUCAUCAAUUCACGAAAGAAGAACAAGAUGCAGCAUUAGCAGAAGAGAAGAAGGCACUUGAAGAGAAAGAGAAAAUGAGAAACGAAGGUGCCAUUAAUAGCACCAUGGAUGCCAUUGAUGAUCCCACACAUAUCGACUACAUGUAA